GAACACGAUAUAUACGAAUCAGAAUCGCCCUCGGAAAGCGGAACAGAUUCGUUGACUUGGAUCAGUUGGUUUUGCUCUUUGCCUGGACAUGAAUAUUUUGCUGAAGUGAGCGAAGAUUUUAUCGAAGACGAUUUCAAUCUGACAGGCUUAAAUGCGCUAGUACCAUUCUACAAAGAAGCAUUGGAAAUGAUCUUGGACGUUGAACCACAAGAAGAUAGUCUAAAGAUACCCGAUGUUUCCAUUGUUGAAUCAAGCGCAGAACUUCUUUACGGCCUCAUUCAUCAGCGGUAUAUUCUUACCCGGCAAGGAUUGCAGCAAAUGGCAGACAAGUAUGAGCGCGGUCACUUUGGUUUCUGCCCUCGUGUGUUCUGUCAUUCUCAUCCUGUCUUACCUUGUGGUCGAUCGGAUCUACCCGGGUUGGAUACUGUCAAACUAUUCUGUGCAAAUUGCGUCGACAAUUACUCCCCACCAUCGAGUCGGUUUCAUGGAGUCGACGGGGCAUUCUUCGGAACAACAUUCCCUCAUCUUCUCUUUCAAACCUAUCGAGAGCUAGCCCCUUCACCAAUCGCACCAGCAGGAACCAAUUCUGCGUCCUUAAAUACUCAAACGCAACAACAAGGAUCCAUAUCUCAACGUAGCAAUGGGGUUGUGCAAAGUGGAAAAGGAGAUGCAGGAGCAGACGGAAAUGCGACAAACGAAUCAUCCGGCAAUGCUGGAACGACGACUGCCGUUGCAACAUCUGCUUCUACACUAACUCCCGAAGUGCUCGGUCAAAGGAAUCCACAAGCACGUUUGUAUACCCCAAGAAUUUAUGGUUUCAGAGUGAGCGAAUAUGCGAAAAGUGGACCAAGGAUGCGUUGGAUGCGUAUGCGACCGGAAAGUUUUGAUGAAUUGGAUAGA